CAAAUCCCAGAAUGCACCAUUAGCACGGCGUUGUGUAAGUUCCAGCAAAGACAGUCUUCUAGUAUGAACACUCACGUGCACAGGGCGGCCGAAAUGGAGUAAACACAACUUUUUGUGUGUGUUUAAUACAGAGAGUGUAUGAUAUUUGUUAAGAUAUUGGAGAAGUAACAGACGCGGCGAUUAUUUCUGAACUAUUGAAAGCUAACGUUGCAUCUGUUUAAUCAGGACCUCAGAAAGCAAGAAAGAUAUAGAAAGAGCCUAUCAAAUAUGUCCUCCCCCCAGUCAUAUUCAAGGCGGCAGUGGUGUUGUUACCUUUGCGAUUUGCCUAAGAUGCCAUGGGCUAUGAUCUGGGACUUUAGCGAGACUGUCUGCCGAGGCUGUGUGAAUUAUGAAGGUACGGACCGUAUUGAAUUUCUCAUAGAGACGGCAAGGCAGUUGAAAAUAACUCAUGUUAUGCAGGAUGACAGGUCCCCGUGUCCCCAACCCACUAAACAUGGCCCAGGUGGGAGAGAUGGACCUAUGGAGGGUGGCAGGCCACUUCCUGAACGCUUUGAAAGGGGAAGAGGGGACUACGGAGCCCCAGCACGGAUCCCCAACGGUCUGCACAGAAUAGAUGACGGGGGCCCACAACAAGAACUCAGUGGACAGAGCCCUAACAACGCCAGAAGACCCAUGGGGGGUACCGUUCCGCCCAAUUUAAUGACACAAGGCCUUGUGGGGGCUCCACACGGGUUGCUAGCAGCUGUGCCUGGUUUAAAUGCCAGAGUCGGGGGAGCCCCCCUCACCCUCUCUGCCCCCAUGCUGAACGAGAUCACCAAGAGGCAGCUGAGCAUGGGCAUGGGUGUGGCCUCCUUCCUGAGCCCUGAGUUUGAGAAGGAGCUGAGGGAGAAGCAGAGGAACGCAGAGGCUCUGGCCGAGCUGUCAGAGAGUGUACGGAACCGAGCAGACGACUGGGCCGGCCGACCCAAGGCUGUACAAGGGGCCCUGCUCACCCUCUCCGGCUGCACCCCCUUCAACGUGCGCUUCAAGAAGGACCACAGCCUGGUGGGGCGGAUCUUUGCCUUCGACGCCAAGCUGGCGCUGGACUUUGAGCUGAAGAUCUUUGCGGAGUACCCGUGUGGCUCGGGGAACAUGUUCUCCAGCCUGGCGGUGCUGGUCAAGCAGAUGUUCCACGACAGCCAGAGAGACUCAGGGAGCAAGAUGGUCAACUCGGGCCUAAAGUAUGUGGAGUACGAGAAAAGGCAUGGCGCGGGGGACUGGCGACUGCUCUCUGAGCUGCUGAGUGAUGCGGUAAGGGCCUUUAAGGACACCCCCGGCCCUGACGUUCUCCCCCAGCCCUACCUGGACGCCAGCUGCUCCAUGCUGCCCACAGCGCUGUGUCACAUGUCCCGCUCGGCACCGCCAGUCCGCGGGCGCCGGAGGAAGGCUUCCCCAGAGCCCCAGGGUGGAGAGGUAGUGACCACAGAGGAGCAGCUCCGGCAGCACUGGCCCAUGGGGAUGUACCCGGGAAUGGCUAUCCACCUAGCUGCCUCAUCCUUCCCCAGCGUUAGACAGCCACCUCCCCACCAGGAGGGCUCGGCCUCCCAUUCCCACAGCAGCGACCCCUCCCCCAUCACAGCACUGAUGAGCGUGGCUGAGUCACCCAGAGAGGCCCCUAGCAGCAGCAGUAGUGGUGGAGGCCUGGGCCACUCCUCCUUGGCAGUGAGGCAGAGCAGCAGCAGCCCCAUGGCGGCCUGCCCUGCGGGGCAGCAGCGGCACCUGGCCUCCAGGAAUGGGGAACCUCAGGGAGCCAGCAACUCUGCAGGGGGCACCACAGCAGCUCUCCCCCUGGCUGGGGCCUCGGACCAGGGAGCAGGGGACCCCUCCGGCUCCUCUGGUCCCCCUCUCUGCUGCACCAUCUGCCACGAGCGCUUGGAAGACACUCACUUUGUCCAGUGCCCCUCGGUUGCGGCCCAUAAGUUCUGCUUCCCUUGCACCAGAGACUUCAUCCGGAGCCAGGGGGCCGGCAGCGAGGUGUUCUGCCCCAGUGGAGAGCGGUGUCCCCUGGUGGGCUCCAACGUGCCCUGGGCCUUCAUGCAGGGAGAGAUCGCUACCAUCCUGGCUGGAGAUGUCAUGGUGAAGAAGGAGCGCGACCCGUAAAUCCUCUGGGACAGCUAAGGCUGUUGACGCCUGAGUGGAGCUGGAGCCUGCAGACAGAUAACGACAAUCUCAACAGGUUCUCCCCACCUCGCAGCCAAUCACCACAGCAAUCCGCCAGGUUCUCCCCACCUCGCAGCCAAUCACCACGGAAAUCCACCAGGUUCUCCCCAACUCACAGCCAAUCAUCAUACACAUCCACCUGCACGGAGCAGGCCUUACACUACCACUUCACUGUCUGGUUGGUUAGGGGGGUGACGAUACCCCAUUUACAUUACAUUUAAGUCAUUUAGCAGACGCUCUUAUCCAGAGCGACUUACACAGACUUAUACAGAGCGACUUACCCCCAGCCCCAGCUCACCUCUAAUACCUAAUUCACCCCUUUGUCUAUCAAACAUCAACUUAUCUACAUUAGUAUUGGUCACUAGUAUUAGUCACUGAAGUUAUAAACCAGUGGACCAUGGUUGAGAAGUAUGAACUUCAUCUAGCCUCUGUUCUAGGUGAUUUUAGGGUUGUUUCAUUGAACAUCCUUCUAACAGAUUUCUGAGUGGCAACGUGAAAGAGGGACGACUUCACUACAUGUUACAGCAACAUACAGACUAGAAGUGUUUUGUUUUGCGCCACAUUUGCGCUUUACGUAAAAAAAACUGACUGUCACGGAGCGAAUUGUUUGCUCCUUGUUGAAACCUCAGACCAGCAGCAGUUGACGUCAGUCGCGCCAUCGAUAUUGUAAGAGAGCAACGGUGGCUUUCAGUGCUAGACAAUACAGUAACAUGGCUUUCACAGUGCCCAACAAAGACGCUUUUAUCCAGCAUGUAUGAAAUGGGAUGGAUACCUCUCUAUUUUAUACUGAAUGUUCGAAUGCAAGACGAUCUUGCUCCGCGGUAAUAGAUGUGCAAUCUAUAGUUUUGAGACCAAUACAGCUUGUGGUGUGUACCACUGAGUAGCCUAAACACGUGCAUCGAAACCAAAGAUUCAUGCUGAAGUAAAUGUACAGUGCCCUAUAGAUGAUCUACGCACCCUUGAACUUUUUUCAAAUGUUGCUGCGUUAGGAAGUAGGAUUGUGAUAUAAAAUAAAAAAUUUAAAAAAUAAAAAAUUGUGGUUGAUCUACAGAAAAUAAACCAUUAAUGUCAAAGUGAAGGGGGGUCUAAAAGAAUGUUUACAAAUGAAAUCACUAAAAUAUAGUCAUUGUCUAAGUAUUCACCCUUUUUGUUUAGGCAAGCCUAAAUGAGUUCAGAAGCUUGACACAGGCAAAGACUGGGGAGGUUUUCAGGAAGAAACUGAAAUGUGAUGGAGCUAAGCAUGGGCAAAAUCCUAGAGGAAACCUGCUUCAGUCUGCUUGUACAGCAGACACUGGGAGAGGAAUUCACCUUUUCAGAAAGACAACCCAAGGCCAAAUCCACACUGGAGUUGCUUUCCAAGAAGACAGUGAAUGUGACCAAGUUGCAGUUUUGACUUAAGUCUGCUUGAAAAUCUACGCCAAGACUUGAAAAUUGCUGUCUAGACCAUGAUCCCCAACACCUUGACACCCUGACAGAGCUUGAAGAAUCUUCUUUUUUUUCUUUCUACUUUGACAUUACGGAGUAUUUUGUGUAGAUUGUUGAUGAAAAAUGACAAUUUCAAUCCCACUUUGUAACGCAACAAAAUGUGGAAAAUGUUCAAGGGGGUGUAGACUUUUUGUAGGCACUGUACAUUUCAAAACUAAUCUUAUCUUUUAUGUGUUAAAUGUCUUUAUUGUUUCAAUAUGUGCCAGGGAAAUAGUGGGUGAAAUGGUUAUUGUUAGGAUAGUUAUAGGUUCUGUUAACUGAAGUUGUAGAGGGUGUAGAUUAAACUAAUAGUGUGGUGUUUAAUUAAAGGAAUUUACUAUUCAUGUAAAGUCAAAAGGUUGUUUUCUAUGUGGACUGAGAUUCAAGGUUUGUUUCACGUGAUCCUCAUGAAAUAGGAUUUAUUUUAUUUUAUUUUAAUAAGUUCUAUACUAUCCCAAUUUAAUGCUCUGUUUUUACCUAUGAACUUAACUCUUUGAAUUGUCUAAAAUAUAAUAUAUACAUGUAUAUCAAAAUA